CUCUCCUCAAUUACAUGAUCUGUAGCAAAGGCCAUUACUUAAAUUCCACACAGCUGAGUUGGGGAAGAUGCUCACUUUGCUUCCAGAUAGUUUCCCUCCGGGCUUUUGAGGCCAAAAACGUACUUAGCAACAACAAGAAUGGCGCACCUCCUGAUGCGACACUCCUGGUCCCCAUGAAGAUAGAUCUCCUGGGACUGGGAAACCAGGAGGCGUAUUCAGAGAAAUGUCCCAAUGUCACUCUACUACCGACGAACUUGUUCGAUUACUCGAAACUUCGAUUGCGAAAGCAAACUGUCCCGGCUGACCUGCAGGACCAUGCCGACUUUGACAGUGCCAGAGUCACAACGGCCAACCCACGGCUCUAUGAUCUUACCACUUCACAGCCACGCCCUCACGUUUUCGGCAUAAGUAUAUCAUGGACAUUGCCACAGAUGUAGCGAUGGGAAUCAGCCUCGGAAAAGCAAGAUAAGUUUUCAGCAGCUGCUACUCCGCUAAACCGCUGGAUGGUCGCGAGAGUGACUCGGAACGCAGCCAACAAUGCUGGCUGGGUUAUUGAAAGCGACGUCUGUCGGCAUAUAGACGACAUGGGCCCUUCCGUUAACCUGAUGACAGACGUAUCUCAGUAUAUCCGCGCGCCUGAGAAGCCGACAGAUGAGCGUAUCAUUGACCUUCAGGGAGAAUAUUUCCUUGGUGAGCAGAGGAACUUAGAAGACUGGGCCCAAAGAAGCGAUUUUUCCACCGUCGUUCGCGUCAAGCCUCUCAAGGCCAACAGUGCAGGCAACAUUUUGUUCGCAGACUACCAGCCUCAUAACCCCAAUGUGUUCAGUUUCCACGAUCCCUUGAACGAUAUACCUGCCGGUACGGAGAUCGGUGAUUCGGUGAUUGGGUGGCACGCAGGCAUAAGCGAAGAUCCAUGUAUGGAUAAAGCUCCUGACAUUACCAAUGGGAAGCUCCUCGCGCAACUGAACAUGGUGUUGGAAAAGACCAAGAUGGACCAAGCUGGCGUGACGAAAUGGACAACAUCUCAGGAUCCUGCUCGACAUAUCUGUCAUGGAAGCACGUACAGUUUGUUGAAAUGGGACCCCAAUUCAAAAACCAUCGAUGUGCGUGAUUUUCAAUCAGCCGGCCCGACUGUUCAAUGCGUAUCCGAAGCCGGGGGAGACUGGCCAAAGCACAUGGAGGCCUUGCGGCGAGUGGGAUGAUCCGGUUUGCGGUUACAUCAAGUACAACAGCGCCGAUCUUUCGUUACAAGUGUUCACAUCUGCUGGGGACCUUCGUGCAGAGAUCCUGACUUCUGAGGGCAACACCGCCACAAGAGUCGCACACGAGGACCAACCUCCCAUGAGCGAUGGCCUUUUCGAGCCUCCUGUGACGGAUACUGCCGAUCAGUGGAAGAUGGAUAUCUUGGACGGCUUCAUUCAAAGUUUGAGGACAAAACACUAUGCUCUGCGUAUGGUCGAGAUACUAGGCGAUGCUUUCAGCUGCAUGGCACCUCCUGCAGAAUCCUAUUCCAGCGUCAUGAACGCCGCCUUUGGUCGUCCUUUUGCGUUGGCCAUCGCUGGAUGGUCGAUUGAACUGAAUCACGAGGAACUGCAGCCCCAGACGAGCCUUCGAAACCUCGCUGGGAAAUCCUACUCUAAGCUUUCUGACUACGACCUGCCUCUCCAUCUUGGACUGAAAGAAUACUCCGACGAUGGUCUAGCCGCGUAUAUGCCUUUGCGGUCAGACGCCCCAAAGCAGCCAGACUUCGGCAAGAUCUUCACAUUUUCGCCCAGCGGCGUGCCUGAAGUCGGCCUGAACGAAGACUUCGCAUGCCACCCAAUACAUCCUAUCUACCCUGCCGACCCUGAAAGCCCGUCAUGUCGACUUGUUCCAAGAUGGCCGCCUACUGGAAGUAGAUGACAUUAUCAAAAGACGGCAGGAGCAAAUACUUCCCUUCUGUCUCUUUGUCGAUAUUUUUUACCCCGUGAAAGCCCAGACGGGUGUCCUCCCACCAUCAAGCCUAGCGCUUCCGGACUGGGCAGUGCAACAAGCGUUGCGGAAGAUCAGGCUGUGCUACCGUGCGAGACCGUUCCUAUUCCAAGAAGAUCGUCUUAAAUCACUGAACGCGACGGCAGUAGAGGAGACUCCAGCACCACCAGCUGCUGGUGAUUGGGUACACAUUCCGGUCGUGCCGUACGGAAAGUGGUCUUGGUUGCAGCCUUAUCUUGUGGAAGGUGACAUGAAGUACUGCAGAAGAGAUGUCGACAAGGCCGAAGCAAAGGGGGCUGUUCUUGAAGUGCGCAAGCAUCCAUUCACAAUGGCUGAUGGCAUCAUGGCGUUCACGGAGCCAUUUCUCCACGACGCUUAGGUAUUUGAGCAAGAUAUGAGAUAUAGUGUAAUUCUGUUUGUUGCUUUGCGUAGUCUAUACUCACGAUAAUGUGUUUGCUGAGUCGUGUGAUGCUAUCUAUAUACCUUUAUGUGUUUAAAUGUCACUACGAGUAUCUACA